AUGAACAUGGAUAUCUGCCAUAAUGCAUCACUUUCUACCCUUGAUGAUCUUUUCCCUCCUCACAACAUGGAAGUGGAUUUUGGGAUGGAGUGGUUAUCAGUGUUUGUUGAAGAAUGUUUUUCAAGUAAACCUACUUGUGUCAUAGAACCUUCUUCUACUCUUCAAAUUCAAACAACAACUACCAACAAAAAUCCUUCAAACACAAUGCAAAAGCCUCAACAAAACCAAUCUUAUAUACAUAAUUUUGUUGUUCCCGGAAAACCAAGAAGCAAAAGAAAAAGACUUUCAUCUCCAAGAACCAAAAUUUGGUCAUAUUCAUAUCCUUCUCUUUUGAAACAAACAUACCGGUUAUCUGAAAGCGAACUCGGUAACCCUAACUUAAAAGUUGAGUCAAAAGUAUCUGCAGUUGCACACAGAGAUAUUUUGAAAAAAGACAAAAAGAAUAAAAGUGAUGAUGAGAUGAAAGAUGUUGUAAAUGCAAGAAGGUGUAGUCAUUGUUUGUCACAAAGGACACCACAAUGGAGGGCAGGACCAUUGGGACCAAAGACAUUAUGCAAUGCAUGUGGUGUGAGGUAUAAGUCUGGUAGGUUGUUGCCAGAGUAUAGGCCAGCAAAGAGUCCUACUUUUGUUAGUAACUUGCAUUCUAAUUCACAUAAAAAAGUUUUGAAGAUGAGAAUGCAAUCUAAUUAA